GUGGGGGGGGAUUGCAGCAAGAUAGAGCCCAUAUAGUUUGUGCCGGCAGCGCACCCCCCUUGUAGACAGCAGGGGAACAAGCGAUAGCGCACUCGAUUGGUCAGUAGGCGUGGAAUCUGUCGGCCAACGGCUGCGCCGAUCUAGGGUGGCAGCGCGCAUGUUGCUGGCAACCGCUGCGUUGGAUGUCGUACCAUCGGGCGUGGUGUCGUCGACGGACUAGUGGUGAAGUGGCGGUGGUGGCGAUGUUAACGUGUGUGCACUGUGCCCGUCGAUUAUCCGAUAUUUUUUCGAGUUGUUUUUAUUAGACCGUUCUCGGGUUUGUUGUUGCUGCUUACCGCCGCGGCGACUGUGUUGUUAUUAUUGCAAACAUCCCGCCGCCGGUGUGUCUCGGUUCCAGUUUUCUCGGCAUCCGAACUAAUUACCGACCGGACCAAAAAACAAUAACAUUAAAAAAUAAAAUAAACGUUCGCGAAAUAUAUUAUUUUUUCAUAUUUCCUGUCGAUAGAAAAACAGUGCGAUGCAUACGCUUUUUGGCGAUCAAAACGCUUACUAUCGGACAGGUAUGUACCCAGCCGCGUCCAACCCGACGGGCGUACCUUAUCCCGGGACUUACGAGCAGUACGCCAGGUAUGGAUACAAUGCGGCCGCCGGAUACCAUCAGACGUCGCAUCACGUGACGGCUGCUGCGGCGGCUGCAGCGGCCGCCAAGGAUAUGGUCAAACCACCGUAUUCGUACAUCGCUCUCAUUGCCAUGGCCAUACAAAACGCGCCCGACAAACGUUGUACCCUCAACGGUAUUUAUCAGUUCAUCAUGGAGCGUUUCCCGUACUAUAGGGAGAACAAACAGGGCUGGCAAAAUUCAAUUAGACACAAUCUCAGCCUCAACGAAUGUUUCGUCAAACAACCUAGAGACGACAAGAAGCCAGGAAAAGGCAGCUACUGGACUCUUGACCCAGACUCCUACAACAUGUUCGACAAUGGGUCGUACCUCCGGCGAAGAAGAAGGUUCAAGAAAAAAGACGCGCUCAAAGAGAAAGAAGAGGCCGUUAAACGACAGCAAGAACUGAUGCUCAAAAAAGUCACCGAGGAACAAUGCAAGUUACUUUUGCACAAUAAGGAUUUGGUGGAGUGUAAACCGAAAAAGGAACCCGGAGUAGCACAGUCGAGUGAUGCGCCGGCACCUCCACUACCGCCAGCGUACCAUCAACAUCACCAUCAUCUGCAAUACAACGACCAAGACGAUUCACCCACGGGAAAUCAUCAUCAUCACCAUCACCAUAGGUACAUGGCGGCUACAGCAGCCGAUCAUCACCACGAUGGAUUCGCAACACAUCAGUAUGUGGCAGCUGCUGCGGCAGCGGCCACCGGUCAUCACCGACCACCCGGUUGGUAUAGUGCCGAUCCAUCAGACUUUUUCGACGCAGUCGUGCCUAACCCAGUAGCUGCUGCAACAGCCGCAACUUGUGGGUUUAGGAACUCUCCUCAUGCGGCUGCUACUGCCUCUACUCAUACUCAACUUCACAACUAUUACCAGCAACAACCACACGAAGCCAAUCCUGUCGCAGUAAAGUUUUCGUCUCAACUUUAACGACGACCGCGGCGGGCUUCCAUCGACAACGAACAGGAGGAGCUGUCAGAUGAACAAAUUGUACUCGUCGGCUUGAGAAGUCGAAAACAAGCGGUGGUCAUGGUGGUGGGACACGAGGCCGGAGACGGGUGAAGUGAAAUAAGAAAAAAAAUUCACCACCAAGACAUAAACCAUAUGGAUCGUGUACGCUGCUGUCUUGUCACUAACGGUGUUUGCUGAGGCUUAUCAGGUGACAUUAGUGUCCGUUUGUCUCACUUAUAAAUAUGUUGUAAUAUAUUUGAUAUUUUUUUGUCAAGUCCAUACAUGGCGUCCAUAAAAAACAGGAUCAGGUACAGAGCUGCAAUAGCAGCUCUAUACCUGUCUGUAAGCUUUUUCUCGAACCGAACAUAUUUGCAUUACGCCGAAGUAAUGAUUUCAUUUGAUCACAGUAAUAAAAAAGAAAAAAUCUGAAAACUUAAGAGUUCGUUAUUUUUUAUUCGAUAAUAUACAUAUGACUUUGUUAUUUCUAUUCAUUCAAUCUCAUACUUAUCAAAUUAAUCAAUCAACUGUUUUUAUCUAUAUAAGUGUACGGUAAUAUGAUUGAUUUAAUAACUAUUAUACAAUUAAUUUAUACUACUACACAAUACCUUUCAUGUUAUACAUGUACUGUAAUGAGUACGAGUAAUUUAUGAAUUGGGUCGUUUGUUUAAAAUGUAAAUGAGUUUAAGCUAUUAACCGUUUAAUCGUUCAGAUUAAAAAAUUUAUGUCCUAAGGUUUUAUAGAAUGUAUAAAUUACAAUAGUAAUACUUGUUGUGAUGUAUACAUUUCAUUCAAUGUUUCAUAACAAUAGUGAAAAUAACUUUUUUCAAAUAUAUAUACUUGUACACAAAUAUAUAAUAGAAAAAUCAACUGAUGAAAAUACUAUAUAAUUCUACUAUCGUUUGGUACUAUUGAAACAUUAUUAGAACUAAAUGUAUAUAUAAUUAAUAUGUAAUUACAUAUAAGUGACUGACUGACUAGUUGGGCUUUAGAUUGUUUUUUAUAAUAUUUAAGUGAUCAAUUCAAUAUUGUAUGAUCCCUAUAACACUUGCUUCUCUUUCUUGUCUAUCUUACAUUUGUCUCUGUAAAUCUAAUGUAUAUUAUUUUUAUUCUAUCUAUGUACACAUUUUAUCUACUUAUUUACAAUGGAUUUAUGAAGAAAUAAUAUAACGUA